CAGAAGCAGAGGGAGAGGGGGAGUGAGGGAGAGAGAGAAACAGAAAGAGGAGGGGGUGAGAGAAAGAAAAUGCCGGAUGAGGCAGAGAAUCUGUGAAGCAGAGGCUGUAUAGGAGCGCACUGGGCAGGCUUCUCUCCGGGGCUGGGCUUGGACAUGUAGCCCAGUCUAGGGGGCUCAGGGGCAGCUGACCAGCGCCUGGAUCAACCCCACCCUACCUAAAAACCAGGCAUGAGGCGUCUCAUCUGCCAGAGGAUCUGCGACUACAAAAACUUUGAGGAUGAGGAGGCGCAGGAGGAGGCCUCUUCCUCUCAGGCAGCUGGUAAACUGUCUGCGGCCAAGAAGCCUGGGAACCCAGGUAACAACCCUCGGAGGGCCAGCAGCCUGGGCCCCAGCCGGACGGGAGCCCAGUCCAGGGAAGGUGCCGGGGCCGUGGAUGAGGAGGACUUCGCCAAGGCCUUCACGGAUGUGCCCACCGUACAUAUCUACUCCACCAGGGACCUAGAGGACAACCUGAAUAAGAUUCGCGAGGUGCUGUCUGAUGACAAGCAUGACUGGGAGCAGCGAACAAAUGCGCUAAAGAAGGUGCGCUCGCUGCUGGUGGCCGGGGCAGCCAACUACGACUGCUUCUACCAGCACCUGCGCCUGCUGGACGGCGCCUUCAAGCUGUCAGCCAAGGACCUGCGUUCUCAAGUGGUGCGCGAGGCCUGCAUCACUGUGGCCCAUCUUUCCACGGUCCUGGGCAACAAGUUUGACCAUGGGGCAGAAGCCAUCGUCCCCAUUCUGUUUAACCUGAUCCCGAACUGUGCCAGAGUGAUGGCAACAUCGGGCGUGGCGGCAAUACGCUUCAUCAUCCGGCACACGCACGUCCCUCGGCUGAUCCCGCUCAUCACCAGCAACUGCACGUCCAAGUCCGUGGCCGUCAGGAGGCGAUGCUACGACUUCCUGGAUCUUCUGCUCCAGGAGUGGCACACGCACUCCCUGGAAAAGCAUGCAGCUGUUCUGGUGGAGAGUAUAAAGAAGGGAAUUCGAGAUGCAGACGCAGAGGCCCGAGUGGAGGCCCGAAAGGCAUACUGGGGUCUGAGGCAGCACUUCCCCUCCGAGGCGGAUGCCCUUUACCAUUCACUGGAAGCGUCAUACCAACGUAAUUUGCAGUCCUGCCUACGUAGCUCUGGCAGUGCCGCCUCAUUGCCACAGUCCGACCGCUCUUCCUCCAGCUCUCAGGAAAGCCUCAACCGACCUCUCUCCUCAAAGUGGUCUGCAACCCCUGGAAGAGGCCCUGUGGGUGCCAAGUCCCCGGGGUCACCAGGAUCGCUGCAGCGUUCCCGCAGCGAUGUCGAUGUCAACGCUGCCGCCGGCGCCAAGGCCCGUGCCGGGCAGACUGGAGGGACGAGCCACCUGCCCGCAGGGUCCUACAGCUCUCUGGAUGACACGUCCGAUAAGAUGGAUGGUCGGCUCCGUGCCAGGCAGACGCUCUCCGUGGCAGGGGGGCCUGUUGGAGGUCAGGGGGACUCACGAGGACGUAACCACGGCAAGCCAGUCUCCCAGUCGCAGCGUUCGGAGGACUUUGAUUCUAUGCCAGGAUCCCUGUCUGCUGCCACCCUUGGCGCUGGCAGCAGAUCUGGCUCCCCAGGGCGGGUUCUGACCAGCACCGCUCUCAGCACUGUGAGCACGGGGGCACAACGGGCCCUGCCAGGCCCAAGCUCCUCCCACCGCCGCAGCCGCAUCCCCCGCAGUCUUGGCUGCAGUCGAGACUCAAGCCCCACCCGCCUCUCUGUAGCACCUUCAAACCAGGUGUUUAACGGAGGAGCCAGAGGAACGCGAGGCAGUCGUAUCCCUCGACCCAGCAUGAGCCAGGGCUGUAGUCGGGACACCAGCCGUGAAAGCAGCCGUGACACCAGCCCCAUCCGCUCCUUCCAGUCCCUCGCUUCCCGACACUCCAGGUCCACGGGGACCCUCCAUGCCCCCGACGUUUUCGGGGUGACAGGGUCUGGCUAUGGGAUGGGUCAGUCCAGCAGGCUGUCCUCGUCCGUCAGUGGCAUGAGGGUCCUGAACACCGGCUCUGAUGUGGAGGAGGCACUGGCCGAUGCUCUGCUUUUGGGAGACACUAGGAGCAAGAAAAAGCCGGUCCGGCGGCGGUACGAUGCAUACGGGAUGUACUCUGAUGACGACGCCAACAGCGAUGCAUCCAGCGCCUGCUCGGAGCGCUCCUACAGCUCUCGCAACGGCAGCCUGACCUAUAUGCGGCAGACGGAAGAUGUGGCUGAGGUGCUGAACCGCUGUGCCAGCACCAACUGGUCAGAGCGGAAGGAGGGCCUGUUGGGGCUGCAGGGCCUGCUUAAAAGCCAAAGGAUCCUCAGCCGGGUGGAGCUGAAGAGGCUUUGUGAAAUCUUCACCAGGAUGUUUGCUGACCCUCAUAGCAAGGUCUUCAGCAUGUUUCUGGAGACGCUGGUUGACUUCAUCCUGGUCCACAAGGAGGAGCUACACGACUGGCUUUUUGUCCUGCUCACCCAGCUGCUGAAGAAGAUGGGUGCCGACCUGCUUGGAUCUGUUCAGGCCAAGGUCCAGAGGGCGCUGGAUGUCACCAGGGAGUCCUUCCCCAAUGACUUGCAGUUCGCGAUCCUCAUGAGGUUUACUGUGGACCAGACCCAGACGCCCAAUCUAAAGGUAAAAGUGGCCAUCCUUAGGUAUAUUGAGUCGCUGGCUAUGCAGAUGGACCCUGGUGACUUUGUCAACUCCAGUGAGACACGCCUGGCUGUGUCACGCAUCAUUACGUGGACCACUGAGCCCAAGAGCGUCGAUGUCCGGAAGGCCGCCCAGUCAGUGCUGAUCUCCCUGUUCCAACUCAACACCCCAGAGUUCACUAUGCUUCUUGGGGCUUUGCCCAAAACAUUCCAAGAUGGUGCAACGAAGCUUCUGCAGAACCACCUUCGCAACAGCGGCAGCAACUCUCAGACGCCCACAGGUAGCCCCCUGACACGCCACACACCUCGCUCUCCUGCCAACUGGAGCAGCCCCCUGACCUCACCCACCGGCACGGCGCAGAACACGCCCUCGCCCAGUGUAUUUGACUACGAGGCGGAAGGCACCAACUCAGAGGAUGUCUACAGCUCCCUGCGGGGUGUAAGCGAGGCCAUUCAGAACUUCAGCGUGCGGAGCCAGGAGGACAUGAGCGAACCAAGGGACGGAAAGAGGGACGGCGAGUCGGGGGCCGGUGAUGACCUGGACAUGGGAUCUAUGGGGGUGGACCCCCCAUCCCACAGCGAGGACACCCCCGAUGACGAAUCAGAGCGCCUCCCUGAAGAGGGUAACCAAUCGGAAUUGGUGGCAGAGCUGCUGAAGGAGUUGUCCAAUCACAACGAGCGUGUGGAGGAGCGCAAGGCGGCAUUGGGCGAGCUGCUGAGGCUAGUGCAUGACGGGCAGCUGCUGGUGUGGGAUGAGCACUUCAAGACCAUCCUGCUGCUGCUUCUGGAGACGCUCGGUGACCAAGAGCACGUAAUCCGGACCCUGGCCCUCAGGGUUCUGAAGGAGAUCCUCAACCAGCAGCCCUCACGCUUCAAGAACUAUGCCGAGCUAACCAUCAUGAAGGUUCUGGAAGCCCACAAAGACCCACACAAGGAGGUGGUGCGAGCAGCUGAAGAUACGGCAGCCAUGUUGGCCAGCUCCAUUGGCCCAGAGCAGUGUAUCAAGGUGUUGUGUCCCAUCAUCCAGACGGCUGAUUACCCCAUUAACCUCGCCGGCAUCAAGAUGCAGACCAAGGUUAUCGACCGUCUCUCCAAGGACAGCCUGCAGCAGCUCCUGCCAGAGGUAGUUCCAGGACUCAUACAGGGCUACGACAACCCCGAGAGCAGUGUGCGCAAGGCCUGUGUCUUCUGCCUGGUUGCCAUCUACGCUGUCAUUGGGGAUGAGCUGAAGCCGCACCUCAGUCAGCUGUCUGGGAGCAAGUUAAAGCUGUUGAACCUUUACAUCAAGCGUGCUCAGUCGGGUUCCAGUGGCAGCGACUCCACGGGAGAUCUCUCUGGCCAGGGUCUGUGAACCAGAAUGAGGGUUCAGUGCCCUCUGGAGGCAAUUGGGCAGAAGUGCGGGGGACUCUUCGUGGACUCACAGACACCUCCUACCAUGCAUGCUACAUCGCCUUACUGGGACGUCGGCCAGGGCAGCCAAACCCAACCUAGCCCUCCACACCCAGAGGACGUUACUAUGGAGACACCAGGUCACCAGACUCCCUGCUAAAAUCCCUAUUCUCACCCUCACCAUCACUGUCACAGUUGGACUGUUUUGUGUGAUAUAAAACCGAAAAUAUUGAUGAAACUAAAUAUGGAGAAGGGCGGGGGUUCACCCUCAACACUCCUUUUCUCUAAUGACAUUAAAAUAUCUUUGAAAAAUGAAUACUAAGAGAGAGAGGUCAGUUAUGGUUCUUUCAUCAGUUAGGACCAGGUGGCGACCUGCUUUUUAACUACAGUGUGGACAGCAGCAAACCACGUGCCAGAUAUUAAUAAGAUCUCACAGUACUAACAGAAUGCACCUGUUUCUAUGGCAACAUCUCCCCAGUGCAGUGAAGACAUGAGAGCUGACUGGGGGGCACAGCACUAGAGAUUCCUUGGCUCGCUUUUGACACGUAUGUCUGAUAUGGGACAGUCAUUCGGGACAGAAAAACAUUCUUUCGAACAACAGUAAUGACAUCUAUGCUGACUUUUUUAUUCCCUACAACAGUUAUGGACAAGUAAAUAAUUAUUGCAGACAAUAUGUCCCAAUGUGUUUGUUUGAUGCUAUGAGGCUGUGGACUUGAGACUUACCUCCUGCUUUAUGUGGUGUUUUAUUUCCUGUAUGUGAAAUGAUUCAAAAACAAGAAUGCCAGGAUCUGAAGGUAGAGUGGUGUUGAAGGUAAUAUCUUGGAGUAGUGUCCCUAUAUAGAGGCCUUGCAGGUGUCCUGUCCUCAAACAGAGGCCAUGCAGGUGUCCUGUCCCCAGAGAGAGGCCCUGCAGGUGUCCUGUCCCCAAACAGAGGCCCUGCAGGUGUCCUGUCCCCAAACAGAGGCCAUGCAGGUGUCCUGUCCCCAGAGAGAGGCCCUGCAGGUGUCCUGUCCCCAAACAGAGGCCAUGCAGGUGUCCUGUCCCCAGAGAGAGGCCCUGCAGGUGUCCUUUUCGCAGGUAUUGUCUCCAGACAGAGACCUUGCAGGUGUUCUGUCCCCAGAGAGAGGCCCUGUAGGUGUCCUGUCCCCAAACAGAGGCCAUGCAGGUGUCCUGUCCCCAAACAGAGGCCAUGCAGGUGUCCUGUCCCCAGAGAGAGGCCCUGCAGGUGUCCUGUCCCCAAACAGAGGCCAUGCAGGUGUCCUGUCCCCAGAGAGAGGCCCUGCAGGUGUCCUGUCCCCAAACAGAGGCCAUGCCGGUGUCCUGUCCCCAGAGAGAGGCCCUGCAGGUGUCCUGUCCCCAAACAGAGGCCAUGCAGGUGUCCUGUCCCCAGAGAGAGGCCCUGCAGGUGUCCUGUCCCCAAACAGAGGCCAUGCAGGUGUCCUGUCCCCAGAGAGAGGCCCUGCAGGUGUCCUUUUCGUGGGUAUUGUCUCCAGACAGAGACCUUGCAGGUGUUCUGUCCCCAGAGAGAGGCCCUGUAGGUGUCCUGUCCCCAAACAGAGGCCAUGCAGGUGUCCUGUCCCCAAACAGAGGCUAUGCAGGUGUUCUGUCCCCAGAGAGAGGCCCUGCAGGUGUCCUGUCCCCAAACAGAGGCCAUGCAGGUGUCCUGUCCCCAAACAGAGGUCUUGCAGGUGUUCUGUCCCCAGAGAGAGGCCCUGCAGGUGUCCUGUCCCCAAACAGAGGCUAUGCAGGUGUCCUGUCCCCAAACAGAGGCCAUGCCGGUGUCCUGUCCCCAAACAGAGGCCAUGCAGGUGUCCUGUCCCCAAACAGAGGCCAUGCAGGUGUCCUGUCCCCAAACAGAGGCCCCACAGGUGUCUUUCCUCAGGCAGUAGCUUUGCUGUGAUCCUUUUCUCUGGCAGGGACUCUGCAGGUGUUCUGUCACCAUAUAGAGGCUCUGGACGUUUCCUGCCCUCAUACAGAGCCUCUACAGAUGUCCUGUCCCUAGGCUGUGGAUCUGUAGUUGUCCUAUCCCCUAUCGAUGGAUUUGCAGUUGUCCUGUUCCCUCACAGUUCCUCUGCAGGUGUCCUCUGGAGCGAUGGCCACAGGUAAGCCCUCUUCGGCAUGCAAACCUGGCUUACAGCUGCCAGUCCUGAGAAGCUAUUUUGCGUUUGAUGUGGUCUCUGUGAAGCUGGUGAGAACUCAGGGCUGGAGGCAUCAAGGUGUUGAUGCAGGAAUUAAAAUCCAGGUCCUUUGCCAAGGCAGGUUUUAAAGGCUCAUCCCUCAUUGUGGAACCCCAUGUAUGAUCGACCCUGAUUUCAGCCCUACAUGGUGAGGACAGGCAGAGCUGCUGCACCCUCUGUGCCAGUCAAAUGAUACCCAGUAGCAACUAUUUCCCAAUGAGGACAGGCCCUAGACUCCGUCAGAUUGGCCAGAACUCCUGUCACUCUCCACACAGUCAUGUGUUCCUACACAACAGCAGCCCCCAACUCUCCUUGCCUACUCACACUCAGCCAAUCAGAAGGCUUCUUCACCUACCUGAUGUUAUUUUCCCAUCGAAGUAGGUGGUUUGGAUUACUGCAUAAGUAUGACCAGAUUUGAACAGUUAUUUAAAAUGUCUAUCUAUAUAAAUGAAAUAUAAAAGUCAAACAGGUUGAUGUGGCAAUCUUCACAAGCCUCAUCCGAGGCGGUGCUGUCGAUCUUCCUUUCUGUUGUGGCGAAUAUAUAGUCUCCGUUUUAUUUGGUGGGGAAAUCGUAGAAAAGCAUCUAUGGACUUGAAUGGCUGAACUGUUGAUGUCACCUUUUCCUAACCGUGUCAUUUUCUUCCUUGUGAGUGUAACAUUGGAGUUUCUGCCGUUCUGCUCUCCUUUGUGUAUUUCUAGGCCUGUGCUUGCAGUUGUGCGUAUACUGGCAAUAAAAAUGUACAGAACAUCA